AGGAGGAGGAAAGGGACAACUGGCUGUGAACUGAUGUCCUCACUGUGUUUCUGAAGACUUCCUUUAGUGAGAAGCAGAUUAAAGACGACUUUGUGGUUGUUGUAGUUUCUACAGGAAGAUGAAGAUGUUUGUGGUGUUUGUGAUCCUCGUGCACGUUAACCAGCCUGCCUCAGCUGUGGAGCUGUAUGAGGGGGAGGAGUUUGUCCUGCUGCCCUGUGAGUUUACCACCUUUGACAUAGACUACCCAACUGUGGUGUGGAGCCGCUGCGAUAUCAAUCCUCCAACCGUCCACCAGCGUCAGCAGGGAGGUGAUGAACUUAAAGACCAAAACCAGCUUUACAGCGGCCGAACAUUCAUGAUGACUGACGCUCUGGAAACUGGAGACCUCAGCCUCAACCUGACAAAACUCCAGCUCUCUGACAGCGGCACCUACACCUGCACCGUCAUUGCGCUGGGAGGACAAAAGAGAGUGACAGAGAUACAGCUGCUGGUGAAAGUUUCCCAGCAUGCCUCAGCUGUGGAGCUGGAUGAGGGGGAGGAGUUUGUCCUGCUUCCCUGUCAGUUUAACACCUUUGAACUGGACCACCCCACAGUGGUGUGGAGCCGCUACGAUCUCGAUCCUCCAACCGUCCACCAGCGUCAGCAGGAAGGUGAUGAACUUAAAGACCAAAACCAGCUUUACAGCGGCCGAACAUCCAUGAUGACUGACGCUCUGGAAACUGGAGACCUCAGCCUCAAACUGACAAAACUCCAUGUCUCUGACAGCAGCAGCUAUACCUGCACUGUCAGAUUGUUAGGAGGACAACGGAGAGUGACAGAGAUACAGCUGAAGGUCAAAGAACGAUUUCCACCCUGGGCCAAAGUUCUCCUGGUUCUCCUGGUUCUCCUGGUUGUUGUUGUUGUUGCUACUGGGGGUCUUCUGGUACAUUUCCGGCAGUAUUUCAUGUCAGUCUACCAGGUGGAGGUGGAUUCAGGGGUGGAGUCUGUCCUGCUGCCCUGCAAAACCAUAGUUCACCUGCCUGAAGACGUCACAGUGGAGUGGAGGAACAGUAACAACAGGAAGGUCCACGUAUAUAAGAACGGCUCUGACCAGCCUGAAGAACAGGACAGUUUUUACAGAGACCGAACAGAGAUGAAGAGAAACCUGCUGAGACCUGGAGACCUCAGUCUGACCCUGAAAUACCCCACAGACAGAGACAGUAACACCUACACCUGCACCGUCUACAGCAGGGAGGGAGACAUCCUGAUGAAGAAACAAGUGGAGCUCAAGGUCAAAGUCUGUCAGGUGGAGGUGGAGGAGGGGGCGGAGUCUGUCCUGCUGCCCUGCAAGACCACAGACAACCUGCCUGAGGACGCUACAGUGAGGUGGAUCCACUAUGAUCCCUAUGAGACGGUCCACAUGUAUCAGAACGGCUCUGACCAGCCUGACCAACAGGACCAGGUUUACAGAGACCGAACAGAGAUGAAGGAAGACCUGCUGAGAACUGGAGACCUCAGUCUGACCCUGAAAUCCCCCACAGACAGAGACGGAGGACGAUACAGGUGCAAAGUCUACAACAUGAAGGGAGACCUCAUGAGAGAGAAAAGAGUUGAUCUCAGGGUCAAAGAGAGAAGCAGGAACAGAAGCAGCUCCACUGAUCCAACUCCUCUGAUGGCCGAUCAAUCUGUUUGAUCUUUGAUCCGAUCUGACUCUGGAUCAGAGAGAAAAUGGAGGUGAAGCAGCUGAUGGAGGACGGAUGAAGACAGGACACUUCACUCUGACUCCUCCUACUGACUCUCACACACAGUCUACACACUCACUAUUGAUUCCUGCUGAUCAGUGAUGUCAGAGUGAGGUCAGCGUGAUGUCACAUGGCUUGAACGGGCGUGUUUCCUGUGAACCUCCCAGCGGCUGGAUAACAGCUGCGGCUCUCUGGAUAUUUGUGGCUCGUUCUAAUGCGUGCAGUCAAACAAACUUUAUUUCUACAGACACAGAGAAGUCAGCAGCUGCAGGAAAUCAGAACCACUGACAGGAAGUUAAGAGUCAAGUUAAACCACAUGUCAGAACUUUCUACAGCAGCAGGAUUUAGAAGAUGCUGGAAGCUGCUGUCUUUAGAUUUUGGACCCGUCACAAUUUGUCACAUUUUCUGAAGCCACAACAAAUCUUGUUGAAAGGAAACAGUUGAUUGAACGUCCAGUUUCAAACGAAGAGUCAAAGCUUCUCUUUGUGUCGACUCCUUUAAUGAGAACAUUGAAAAGGACUCGAGUCCAAGUCUCAAGUGUCCAGCUCAGAUUAUUCCAGCACCAACCCUGGCAGGAUGCAAGUUAAACAGAAAGCAACACAUUUAGUGACAGAACAGAAAGCAGCCAGCUGUUAAAAUGGACUCAAUAAGAGCAAAAUAUCACACAUUACUAACCAGAUUUGUACAGGUAAAGCAGAGACAGGAGAUGUCACUUCGUUCAGCAGGCUGUUCUCUGUCUGAGGAGCGGAAGCACCGCGCAGCCCUACUAGCGCUCACAUAAGUGGAUACUCCCUCUUGUGGUGUCGUUAAGCAAUUACACCCUCAAAAAUACUACCCAAACCCCGUGCAAAAUAGAUUCACCUUAUGCCCCUUUCUUACAGGCUAUUACACAAAUUAUCUUAAUAAUUGUGACAAAACAUUUGUAGGAGUCACACACUCCCCAACAAAAAUAAAAUGGCUCCCGACAUUUUACCUUUAAACUCUUACUUAACAUUACUUAAAACGUUCAAAACUCAAAGUGCCCUUGGUUGAUCUCUUAAGCCAUGUAAAUAGGCCUGUUGUGAAAUACUGGAAUGGUGUAAGGGUGUGGCACAUAGGGAGGUGGGAUGUGAUAUGACACUGGAAGAGGGUAAGUUGUCAGGUGAUAUGGCUGCACGCCACAAUGUGUCAUGUCUGGUGUUUCAUAAACCUCUGCACUACUGGAUGAGGGAUGUACCUGGACCGAAGGCUGACCUAGUGUAUGGUAAGUGAACACCGCCUAUCUCUAGUAGACCUCCUGAGCGUCUGUUCAUCAGGAUCACGGGUCAGGCCAGGCCCAACUUGUGGCUCGUCUGGUAGGAACUGAUUAGUCUCACUUUCACUCCCCAUGGAAGGUGCUUGCCUGAUCUCUGGCUCUCUCACUACUACGGGUUCCUCCUCUUCACUGUCACUGUAAAGUUCACCAUUUUGGUGUUCACUCUCUUGUUCUGCUUCUGUUUCUCCUUGUUUAGUUGUUGUUUUUGUGAGUGCCUUUCCCAUGUGCUUUGUCCCUCUUUCCGUCACAUGUCCAUAGUUGAUUGUUCGACUGUGCUCAACAGGAACAGGAUGCAAUAGAUUGCGAUGCAAGACACGAUUUACUGCCAUCCAUCUCUGAGACCACUUUGUAGACUGGGUUGUCACUGAUCUGGUCUUUCACAACAUAGAUAAUGUUCUCCCAAUACGACCUCAGUUUUCCAGGACCACCCCUUUCACUCAAGUUUUGUACCAGCACCCUAUCUCCUGGCUGCAACAUUACUACUUUCGUGUGCUGGUCAUAGUAUUUCUUACCACGAGCACCUGACCUCCUGCUGUUUUCUGAUGCGAUCUGGUAAGCUUCGGUCAUUCGUUCCGCUCACUUCUCAGCAUAACCUCUUGCUGUCUGUGGUGGCUCACUGGUGGUCAUCCUGAAUAGAAGGUCUAUUGGUAACCGUGGGUGUCGGCCAAAAAGCAGGAAAAAAGGUGAGUACCCAGUUACUUCGUGACGCAUACAAUUGUACGCAUGGACAAUCUGAGGAAGAUAAUCCUUCCACCUUUCCUUUUGUUUCUCACCUAGGGUCCUCAGCAUCUGCAGCACCGUGCGGUUGAACCGCUCAGCUGGAUUUCCCUGUGGGUGAUAGAGGGUCGUCCGUGAAUAUCAAACUCCGCUCAGUUGUUGCAGUGUCCGAAAGAGUUUGUUUUCGAAUUCGCGCCCUUGGUCGUGGUGCAGCUUUAAUGGGUAGCCGAACCUGGGGAUAUAGCUAUUGAAAAUAUUUUCCGCUGCUGUUUUCCCACUCUUAUUGUGGGUUGGGUAUGCCUGUGCAUACCUAGUGAAGUGGUCUACCACAACUAGGAUGUAUUGGUAGCCUCCUCUGCUCGGUUCUAAGUGUAGGUAAUCUAUUCCUCCAUUGGUGAGCUGGUGAUUAUACUAGACAUUGGGGCUCGUGUGUGUGUCGCUGGCUUCUUUUGUUUUAUGCAUGGACACUGUCUGGUAACAUAAGGUUCGAUCUCUCGCCUCAUGUAGGGCCAAUAAAACCUUUGCCUUGCCAAACUGAGGACCCUUUCUGUUCCGACAUGGCCCAUGUCAUCAUGUAGGUGCUUAAGAACACGUGACUUAAAGGUGGCAGGUAAGACUAGCUGACGUCUCUCUGCUGUCUUACGGUAAAGGACCCCAUCUUCGAUGUGAAGCUUGGUCCAUUCAUGCAGCAUUUUCCUGCUACUGCCCCUUACACUGCGUUUCAUGUCAUCUGUGAGUGUUUUGUUCGAAUCCUUGAUUUUCAAAACCUCCCCUAUCACUUGGUCUGUUCUCUGAGCUUUUUGGAGUUCAAUCAGAUCAAUGGGUGGCACGACUUCUCUGCUGUUUGGUUCAUGUUGAUCACCCUGUGCUAGAGCCAAGGCAGCAACCCAGGCAACAUCUCCACGCUUGCCUGCCCCACAGCCUUCCCAGGUGGCAGUGACAGCUUCUCUGGGGAGUUCCUUCUCGCAGACUGCCCACUUUAGGGCGAGAAACUCUAGUUUGCCUGAGUCUGUAAUUCUUUUCUGCGGGUGUAAGGGUUCUUGAGCCGUAUCCUAUUACUCUCAGCCUCCCACCCUGGUUUUGGUAAAGGACAGCUCCAAGUCCUUUGUCGGAUGCAUCGGUGUGGAGUACGAAUGGAAGCUCGAAGUCUGGGUAAGCGAGAACGGGGGGUUCGCCAACAUGUCAAUCAACUUACACAGUGUCUCCUGAUGUUUCUCCGUCCAUUUGACUAGGGUUUUAGAAGGUAACUGUGCACCCUUUCCUCUCUGUCCACCAUGUCUUCCCUGAGGCAGCUCUUCUCUGUUUCUCUUUGGUUGUAGGAGUUCAUAGAUGGGUGUCGCCAGCUUGGAGAAGUCCUGAACAUAUGAGCGGUAGUAGCUCAAGACGCCCAUGACUCUCCGCACAUCUCCUACAGUGGCAGGUGCUUCAUUCUUCAUAGCAUACACCGCCUCCAGGUCCUUAGGAUCAAUGCGCACACCCUCGCCUGAAACCAAACGACCAAUAUAUCUCACUUCUCGUCUAAACAGGUCACAUUUUGUGGGCCUGAGUUUGACUCCAUGAAUCUGCAGGGCCCUCAGGACCUUUCUCAGCCCUUCAACAUGGUCCUCAAAUGUUGUAGCAUAGCACAGUAUAUCAUCCAGAUAUGGAAUACAACACUCAUCACGAAGGGGAGCAAGCAUCUCUUCCAUACUGCGUUGGAACGCAGCAGGUGCGUUCGUCAGUCCGAAAGGGAUUCGCACCCACUCAUGAAGACCCCAGGGGGUGAUGAAUGCUGUCAAGUGGUGCGACCCUUCUGCAAUGAACCCCUGAUGGUACGCCUUCCCCUGGUCUAGGAUGGAGAACCAGCUGUAUCCACCCAAAGUGUCUGUGAGAUCUUGUAUUCUCGGCAAGGGGUGUCGUUCCUGAACAGUGCGUUGGUUCAAAAGACGAUAAUCGAUACAGAGUCUGAGCGUCCCAUCUUUCUUCCGCACGGAGAAUACUGGUGCUGAAUAUGGGGAUUUGGACUUCACAAUCCACCCUCUAACUAGAAGAUCCUCAAUGUACUCCUUUACCUCUUUGUAAUGGGGUUUUGGGAUAGAGGUAUAUGGUUUCUGUAUUGGAGUACUGUCCUUGAGAGUAAUGGACAUUUCCAGGCCAGGUAUACACCCCAUGUCAUUGUCGUCUCGUGCGAAUUCCCUGGACUCUUCUCGUAACAUUUUCCUUACAAUCGUCUGCUGACCCAGGUUAAAUGGUUAAGAUCAACUGGUGGGUCCCAUUCCUGGGCCACACUACCCCGUUUGUCUUGCUGAGUCCCUGACUGUUCUUCCCUGUUGGCUUCCUGGGUAACAUUUGGUAACAUUUGCCUCUGUCUGGUUUAGCUCGUCAGUUGGUACAACUCUGGAUAUUGCCUCAAUGCUCCCAAGGGCAGUUUUACAGAACAGGGUCACGUCGUGUUUGGUGUGGUUGCCAAUGGGGACUCUCACAAAAGGGAAUCUAGCCUAACAAAUCUCUAGAAGGCUGUCACCAAUAUCCAGUUGUUGUAACUGUGGGUUGCUCUCGCUGGGUUCAAAGAGCACAAGUGGGUUGGACGUGUCAAGUGUGGAUGGUAUUUUACACUUAACGUGUCUUAUCUGGCCAGCUGGAAUUGACCACAUCUUGCGGUCCCACUUUCAGCAAAGUCUGGCCGACAUCAUUACUGGUGACUUUUGCGUGGAUGAAGUUGACUAAUGCAGCGGCCUUGUCAUCCUGGAGGAUGACAAGGAAAGACUCACAAGAGUUGGUAUAUCUCCUUUGGUCCUAAUAUCAGCUGUUCAACCACAUUAAAACCAAUCAAGGGGCAGUCCAUGGGCACACUACUCACCAGGAAGGGCACUUGUAUCGUUAGAUUUGGGUCACUGUUGUUUGGAAAGCUCACCAUCACCCCCAACCAACCAUCAUAUGCCAACGGUUGCCCAUUUACAGCUAACACACUGAGAGCAUUUUGUCCAAUAAGUUCCGCCAAAGGCCGUAGCCUGUGGUCAGGGAGGUAAGUCUUUUCCCACUGCCGGUCCAGGAGGCUGACUUGGGCACCAGAUUCCAACAAACAGUCCACUGCAUAGCUGUGUAUGUAGCACUUGAUUUUACACUUCUUUCCCACUAGCCGGGCCACUCUCUCAUUAGUUUCAGCCUCUUUGUUUGUUACCAGGGGAGUCACACAGCUGGUUUUUACAUGGGCGGAUUCAUCUGUUAGUACGUCUAGCUUUGUAGGGUACUGCUGUCUGCUUCUGUUUGGUGAAUGGGGCUCAGAAGAGGGCUGGCUAGUGUUCGUUGCUUGCCUCCGUUUGAGACAUCCUACUGCCCUGUGACCUGCCUCCCCACAUAUGAAACAAUGGUUGCAAGAGCCAGCUCUCCUUUCCACACACUUAGGACAGCCAUAUUGUUUUGUUGAUUGUCGGACCUUUUGCUUUGUAUGGAUGCACUGACAAGUUUGUUCAGGGGUCUUGAGGACGGUGAGUCUCUCCACCACUUUAGUCAGAGCAUCAACCUUUGCACUCAGUUCCUCUAUGGCUCUAUGUUUGUUUUUUGCUUUGUAAUCAGCUAGUUUCUCACUGUCUUUGUCAGGCUCAAGUUGAGCACUGUGAGCAUGUGUUACCUUCUGUCAGGGACAAUGUCCCAGUCUUCGCUUUCUCUCACUUUCCUCACUAGACACUUUGUUAACUUGUCUUAUGAGUGCUUCAUCUGAAACAGCAUCAUCAGACAAGAGAGGCUUGAGUUCACUACGGAUGUCACUGUACUUGGGGAGAAGGCCCUGGUGGAUGGUGCGCAGAAACACAUUCUGGAUUGUGCGGUGCUCAUACUCAGUGUCCAUAUUAUCCUGUCUGGAUGCAAACGUGACUUUCUGUUUCAGUCCUAUCAUUCUGUAGAGGAACUGUUGGGGACUCUCAAACUCGUGUUGCUUGGUGCUCAUUAACUAUUUAAAUAACUCACUACCGCUCUUUUCACUAAGAUGAGAGCACAUGAAGCUUUUAAGCUCAGAGAGAGUCAAAUCAUCCUUGUUAAUCAACAUGUCCUUAAACUGUCCUGGCUUGAUGAUGCGGAGCACACCUUGUAUGAUCUCCCCCUCUGGAUGGCCUGCUUUCAGUCCCUCCUCAAUCUGCUUGCAUAAUCCAUGGUAGCUUAUGUCUGAUGAGUUGUCUCCACUAGUCAUUGCUCUCGAGUGAGGUGACUGCAUGGUAGUGGAGGUAAGUGUGUGUUGUGCUGGGGGUGUUAUCUUAAACUCAGCUAACUUCCUACCCAGAGCCUCAUAGUUAGCCAUUAGCUUGUUGUACUCAAUUGUUUGUGGGUCAUUAGGGUCUACAGGAAAUGUGUCUGUACUAUUAAUCUCUACAGUACCCUGCGUGGCUGCCACAGCCUGUGUGAGCGUUGGUGCCUGUGUAAUAUCACCUUCUGGCACUGUAGGCUGACUGACCUCAGUAACACGACUAGGAAUGAGUUUAGUAAUAGCAUCUCUCAAAGACAGCAAGUAAGAAAAUCCCUGGUCCUCUAGCUCAAGUAGCGUUUUACAAUUCAGGUAAGUGCAUAUAUAAUCAAAACAGCUUUCCUCAUCACCAUAAACUACUCUUGAAAAAUCAAGAUCUGGUACCAGUGUCAUGUUCUCAGCAACCUGAAAGAGUUCCUCCACUGUCAGUGUGUGAAGACUUUUCUUUAUCUUCCAGGUGAGUUCUUUUCUUUCAACAUCCUCCAUACUGUGUCCCUUGGCCGGCAAUGUCUCACAGUCCAGUCACCUCGAGCAAGCAAAACGGCACUCCUCCAGCUGGGGUCCCCUCACAGUCUCCGGUCCCGUAGCCACCUCAGUUGCACGCCUGCCACUCCACUGUACUGGUCCUGCGAUGUCUGUUUGGUUUGUAGGUUAAAGGAUCAGCACAGACUCUCGUCAGAUGCUGAUCCCAGCAAUGCCUCCAAAUUUCUGUUACAGGCCUCAAGCAAGAGUUACUUGUGAACAGAUAUUCUGUCCUGUUUUGUACAGGAAAAGCAGAGACAGGAGAUGUCACUUGUGAUCGUUCAGCAGGCUGUUCUCUGUUUUUAUUACAGAAUUUAUCUCUUUUUCCACCUCCUUCACUUAAACCACAUUGACCACAUUCCUUUUAACAAAUUACACUUUACACUGUAGUUUCCCACUACAGCAUGGAUGUUAAUGCAUUAAACCGCUGGAAUAACAUGUUUUACAAAUUUUAUAUCAGUUCAACAGAAAUAAUUCACCUCUCCUAGCCUCAACUGGUGCUGUAACUCACAUUUACUGCUUUUUAAUUUCAAUUUCAAUUUUAUUUAUAUAGCGCCAAAUCACAACAACAGUUAUCUCACAGCGCUUUUCAUAAAAGAGCAGGUCUAGACCGUACUCUGUGAUGCUAUUUACAGAAGCCCAA